UGCGCUGUCGGUGGGCGUGAUAGCCAAUAGGAGCAGGGAGAGGGGUCCCGGGACUAGGAAGAAACGGCGGCCGGGAGGGGACUACAGGGACCAUGGGGCUUCUGACCAUUCUGAAGAAGAUGAAGCAGAAAGAGCGGGAGCUGCGACUGCUCAUGCUCGGCCUGGACAACGCUGGCAAAACCACCAUCCUCAAGAAGUUCAAUGGGGAAGACAUUGACACCAUCUCCCCGACGCUGGGCUUCAACAUCAAGACCCUGGAGCACCGAGGAUUCAAGCUGAACAUCUGGGAUGUGGGCGGCCAGAAGUCCCUGCGGUCCUACUGGCGGAACUACUUCGAGAGCACAGACGGCCUCAUCUGGGUGGUGGACAGUGCUGACCGUCAGCGCAUGCAGGACUGCCAACGGGAACUCCAGAGCCUGUUGGUGGAGGAGCGCCUGGCUGGAGCCACCCUCCUCAUCUUUGCCAACAAGCAAGACCUGCCCGGAGCACUGUCCUCUAACGCCAUCCGUGAGGCCCUGGAGCUGGACUCCAUCCAUAGCCACCACUGGUGCAUCCAGGGCUGUAGCGCCGUCACCGGGGAGAACCUCCUACUCGGCAUUGACUGGCUCCUGGAUGACAUUUCCAGCCGCAUCUUCACGGCCGACUGAAGCAUUCCGGAUGCCCCCCACCUCACAGUCCAGCCCCGCCCCCGCCCCCAGCCCUCAUCAGGCACCAUCCAUGGGGGAAUGCGAGUCAGCCAGCCUGGCGAACACCCCCAACCCCGCGCCUAAAGCUGCUGCUCUGUGGCCCGCCGGCUCCCGUGGCUGGAGGGCUGCCGCCCUGGCUCCCGACGCAGACCGCCCGCAGCCGCCCUCCGGAGGGGAGGGAGAGGAGAGGGCCGGGCCCGGGAGGGGGCUGCCUCUGCUGCUACCAAGGCUGUGGGCCUCAUCCUUUGCUCAGCCGUGAGAAUAAACCGUUCCUUGCCCCA